GUAACAUCGUUGCCCCGCCUAAUUUUACGUGCAUUUUAAAGAACAGUGCCAACGCGUAAGCUACUCUUCAACUUCAGGGUGUACUCAAGCAGAAAUCACUGCAGGCUUGGGACAAUAUGCAGCUGCUCUUUUUGGGGAUACUUGCCCUGUUUUGGGGGGUCACAGUUGCUGUGCCUGCACAGGAGAAGCGUGUACAUCAUAAGCCUGACCUCAGUGAUCAUGCUCACGAUGAUGCCCAUGGUUUCCAGUAUGACCACGAGGCCUUCCUGGGAAAAGAGGAGGCCAAGACCUUUGACCAGCUAAGCCCUGAGGAGAGCAAAGAGAGACUAGGAAAGAUUGUGGAUAAGAUUGACACAGAUAAGGAUGGUUUCGUCAGUCAUGCUGAGCUACACCACUGGAUCAAGCACAGGCAGAGGAGGUACAUCGAGGAGAACGUGGACAAGCACUGGAAAGAAUACGACCAGAACAAGGAUGGGAAGAUUGGAUGGAUUGAGUACAAGAACACCACAUAUGGAUAUUAUAUGGAUGUAGAGUUUGAUGAUGUGGAGGAUAAAAGCAGUUACAAAGCCAUGCUCACUAGAGAUGAGAGACGGUUCAAGUCCGCAGACCGGGACGGGGACGGUGUUGCUACCAGAGAAGAGUUUACUGCCUUCCUCCAUCCAGAGGAGUUCGACUACAUGAGACACAUUGUGAUACAGGAAACAAUUGAAGACAUUGACAAGAAUGGUGAUGGCAAGAUUAAUCUGCAGGAAUACAUUGGGGACAUGUUCACCCCUGAAAAUGGAGAAAAUGAACCAGAUUGGGUCACAACAGAAAAGAAACACUUCUCAGAGUUCAGAGACGUGAAUAAGGACGGUGUCCUUGAUGCCGAUGAAGUAUCUCAAUGGAUCCUCCCUGGAGAGGUGGACCAUGCUGACAACGAAGCCCGGCAUCUCAUUCACGAAACUGAUAAAGACAACGAUGAGAAAAUCACAAAGGAAGAGAUUCUGGAAAACUGGAACAUGUUUGUUGGGAGCCAGGCGACUAAUUACGGAGAGGAUCUCACUAAAAGACACGAUGAGCUUUAAUGCUAGCAUAUCUGGGUAUAGGGGAGGGCAUUAUCGUUUGGGUGUAGGUAAGAGGAUAGGAAAUUGAAUAUGAAAAUGAGAGUCUUCAUUGGCUGUUGGGUAGGAACAUUUCCAGGGUCAAGGUUCAGGGGUUAGUCUUCAAGCUUCAGAAUCAAUGAAGAUAAGAAUCUUACUGAGACAGAUACACAUUUUAUUUAUUGCCAAACACAUUUCAGCCUUUGCAAAGAAAUUAUGAUGAACAAGCACAUUCCUUAUGAACAGACACUCCAGCUUACUUAUAUUGUGAUGAAACAGACAUACAUCUUCCACUUGAGAGAUGCUCAGGAAUUCAGCACUGAACAGAGAGGCUAAGUCCCUCCCCUUCCGGUCGACCA